AGUGUCAAGUUACUACCUAACUUGUAGUUAUCAUUUUAGCCACCAGGGGGCGUCUGGACUUUUAAACUCGCGAAUAGUUUUGACCGUCUAAACUCCAAAACUGUCACAUGAACAGCAAACUGUCAAUGACUGCUACUGACAGGUGAAAUCCCGAAACCAGCCGACCCAGAUAGGCAAACCCUCGCAUGUUUCCGAUGUUCAAAUUUCGGUUAAAAAUCGAAACUGUCCCCGAUCAUUUUAAUCCAGAGCCAAUAAAACCCGACUCUGGAUAAGCAAACGAGCUUGAAAAAUCAAUACCUCGAGCCGCAGCCUCCAGACACGAUCCCUCUACUUAAAAAGCGCAGACCCAUAAUUCAUUCAACAGGAAUCCGCCCUUAUCAAGCAUCCCUUUUCCCUGCGCUCCGCACGCUCGAUUGUCCUCACAGUUUCCCUCUCUGUUCUGGGGCCGCAUUCCCAUGGCACUUUCCUGCCACCCCCAUCGGCUGUCUCGCUUUAGCCCAUCAAAGUGAUAGCGAAAGCGCACAGCAGCUGAAGGCACAGCCUGCUUGAUGCACAAACAUCGCAGGAAACUGUCUGCAUGUCGUUCAUUGCCAGCCUGCUCGGCGCUUAUCUAGCAGGCGAUAGUUUGUGGAUUUUGUCGUAUUUCGUUGUUUGAAUUUUUUUCCUCGUUUCAAUCGCGAAUGAAAAACUGAUGGUGCGGAUGAUUUUUGUCCGAAAUUUAUUCACUUGAUAAUGACACUUUUAAACGCGGGCUUCAAGUGAUUGAGUGCAGGAGUGUUGAUUUGCGGGCGAAAUUAAAAAAAAAAGAUGGCGUUCGGACGCAACAACGUGUUCCGGAAUCGCAACUCAUGGGGUCCCGUUUCUUCAUGCGGCACCGUCGGCCUUCCGAGGCCAGAUCCAGAAGAAGAGCAUACGGAACGAAUGGCAACUGCUCAAAUGAGGCAGUUGGAUCCUCUGAAAGAAGACCUCGCCGAUUGGCUCAACAAAACCCUUGGAACGGAUUACAUCAAUCGGGACAAUUUUCUCACGGAACUGGACAAUGGCGUGGUCAUCUGCCAUUUGGCACAGCUCAUCUGCGAUACUGCCCGAAGGACUGCUAGUUCCGGUUUGGGGAAAAUGAAUAUACCGAACGUUCGAGGCAAGUGCUUCGAAAAGGCCAUGCGGCGCAGUUUUUUCUCCCGAGACAACGUGGCUAAUUUCCUCAAGUUUUGUCGCUCUUUGGGCGUGCACGAGAAUCUGCUGUUUGAAAGCGACGACUUAGUUCUGCACAAUCAGCCCCGUAGUGUCAUUCUGUGCCUCUUGGAAGUAGCUAGAAUAGCUACUAAAUACGGAAUCGAGCCGCCUGGGUUGGUGCAGCUGGAGAAGGAGAUCGCCGAGGAGGAGAGGCACCAAUCGGGCGACUCCGGGCUGAGCUCGUUGCUUUCGUGGCAAUUCCAAACCAGCCCUCCUCGCCUCGACGCCUCCGACCUGAAGAUGAGUCACAGCAGAUCCACUUCGGCCAUCUCCCAUUACGCGGACAGCUGGAGCACCGGCCCGCACGUUCUUCUCAUCAAGGCCGAUCUUCAAGCUUCAGGAGAUGGCGACACUCUGAACUCAAUGCCAACGAUAAAAACCAGCGGCGCCAGCGACGGGGUGCCCAGCGACAACACUGAGGACGACGAAUGGUCGGGAGGGAGCCCGGAAGACCCAGACUUGGACAUGGUGGACUCCGCGAGGAAACCAAGAGACAUAAAAGGUGGCGGCGACGCCCCAAGCCAGGGCAUGACAACGGAAUUGGACCGCAAGGUGCAGCUGGCCGCCCGUCUGAUGCAGCGCAACUGCAACUGCGCCAGCGGCAAAUGCGACAAGCUGCGGGUGCGCAAAGUGGGCGAGGGCAAGUACAACAUUGCCGGCAAAAACGUCUUCAUCAGGCUGCUCAAAGGCAGGCACAUGAUGGUCCGAGUGGGGGGCGGCUGGGACACGCUGGAUCACUUUCUGCUGCGCCACGACCCCUGCCAGGUGAAAGUGGUCAGUCGGGACAGUCCCGACCGGGACGCGUCCAAAUAUCUGCACAUCCGAGCCAAGUACAGGAGCCCUCCACCACGGGAGGCUCGCGAAUCAGUCACUCGCUGAUCCGCACGCACGCUCUUGCCAAAGUUCACACUUCACGUUUUCACCCCGACUGGACUUUUUGGUGAAAACUGCAUUGGAACAUUCACAUUUGCUUCUAGUAGUUCGGCAUUAUGCACUUGAAUGCACUGCGGCUUUAAUCCAAACGAGCUGGUCGAGUGCACUAAUGCUUAAUCUAAUCCGAGGACCGGUCCUGAAUUAGUGAAAAAACUCACAUACUAAGAAAUUGGGGACGUGCAAGCGAUCUACGGGUCAGGCAUUAUACCGAGCGGCCAAAAAACGGUUUUGGCCUGGUGGUACAAAUAAGCAAGUUCAAAUGCCUACACUACACUGUGCUAAGCCUGUUAAAUAUGGUACUGGGUGGCCGAUAUAUGUUAAGGCCUAGCGAGUUGAGAGUGAGUUGGCGCCCGAAAUGGUUGCGAAAUACUUUGAGAUUUCUAACUCGGUUACUGAGGGACGUAACUGGCAAACUUUAGUGCACACACUCUUUCGGGUCAAUGUGGUGGAAAUUAUUCAAGUUCCUGUUUGCCUAAGAAUAAGGGUUAAUGGUUAAUAAAAAGGCUGCAUUUACCCGAAGUAAACAGAAAACAAGUUACUGGCAAUUCUUUGAAUCAACACAUUGUUUUAGUGAAAGCUCGAAAUUUGCCAAUUUCUUAUUCGGCUUAAAAUACUGAAAGGUUCGAAACAACCGUUACGUUUCGAAAACACAGCCAUCUUCAACUUAAAUGUUACAUUCACAACUUGCCGGGCUACGACACACAUCUUACUCUUGCAAUUCUUUUUCUAAGCUGCUCAGCUGCCAAAUGGACCUUUUUUUUAUAUAAACAAUGUACAUAUAUAUAUAUAUAUAUAUAUUUGAUAUAAACAAGUCCUGGAGGAAACGGCCCCGGAUUAAUUGUUAUAACAAUUUAUACGAACAAUCAAACAUUUUCCAGCCAUUUUCUUCAUCAACUUUACUAUUAAGUAUUUUAUCGUCGAUUCGCUAGGCUUUAGCGCUGCUGACUGUAUACUCGGUAUAUCGGUGAAAAAUUCAUGAACUGUUCAGAACCAACCUUUCGAAACCAUAUAGUGCAAAUUUCUAGUAAUAAUAGCAACUACAACUAGUACUAAGAGAGUUAUAUUGUUUUCCACAAGCGUGUCCAUCAGCAAUUUGAUUCGUCAAUAAUGCUAACACGAUCGUCACGGACUAAUUUAGAUGUUUAAUGAACUUUUGUACAUAUUUUUCUACAAUUAAACAGCUAAACAAGCGCA